UGGAAAUAUUCCACUGAAGAUCAGUAGUUCUUUAGCAGCUGUAGAUAACAACAGUUAAAAUAAAGUUGCAAGGAUUUACCCGGUUUAAAGAAGACAUCCCAGGACAAAGGUCACCUUUAAUACCUAUCAAACAACAAUGCUGCCCUCAAAUAUUUUAAGAUUUGUGACCCGCGGGGGUUCCAAAAAACUUAUGUCCACUGCCACCAAGUUGGCCACCGUGGAGGUCAACGAUAAGACUGGAAUAGCCACUGUCACAUUGAACCGACCUCCGGUGAAUAGCCAAAAUGUGCAAUUAUUGUUGGAUCUGCAAUCUUGUGUCAGCGAAGUCGAGAAUAACAAGAGCAGAGGUCUUAUUUUAACCUCCGCUUGUUCCAAUGUGUUUUCAGCUGGCCUGGACAUCUUCGAAAUGUAUAAUACCGACAAGGAGCGACUCCGUACGAUUUGGACUGAACUGCAAAAUGCGUGGAUUGCCUUAUACGGAACUAGUUUACCAACGGCAGCAGCCAUCAAUGGACACGCCCCUGCUGGAGGAUGUCUUUUGGCCACCGCCUGCGAGUAUCGUGUGAUGUUACCCAAUUUUAUGAUCGGGCUUAACGAAACUCAACUAGGAAUCAUUGCUCCCAAAUGGCUGAUAUCUGGAUUUACCAAUGUACUGCCCAAUCGGGUGGCAGAACGUGCUCUUACCCAAGGACGCAUGUUUACCACGGAAGAAGCUCUCAAGGAAGGAUUGGUCGAUGAAAUUGCCAAUACCAAGGAGGAGGCCUUGGAGAAAUCCGGCGCCUUCAUAGGCAGCUUUGCAAAGGUCAAUCCAGUAGCCCGCGGUCUCACCAAGCUUCAAUUCCGUGCGGACAAUAUUAAGGAAUUUGAAAAAAUACGCGAAAAAGAUGUGUCAGAUUUCAUAGCCUUAGUCUCACGUCCAGAUAUUCAGAAGGGUAUGGGCAUUUACCUCGAAAAUCUGAAGAAGAAGGGAAAGAAAAACUGAACUAGAUGCAUUUUAACACAUCAAUUUUGAUUUUGACCAGACAAGCAUUUAAAGGCAGAUCCCCUUAGCUCUAGAUUCUUAGAUUUCUUCAAAAGAUAUCAUGAUUAAUUGAACUAUAUUCGUAAAUAGCAAUAAAUGAAAAAUGUUAACAAAA